UCAUCACUCCUCUCUCUCUCUCUACCCUUCCAACUCUCUCUCUCUAAAAAGCUCCGCCUCCGCCUCCGCCUUUCCUUUCACAACAUCAUUUUCUCUUUCUCUCUCUACACCAUCUCCCCUCCCCGUUCACACACUGUCUCUCUCUCUCUGUCUACUUCCAUGAUGCGCCCCACCUCAGUGGCAGCUCCCCUCCAAAUGUCGGACCCCCCCUUCCCUCCUCCCCACUCGUCGAAGCGACCGCCUCCCUCCUCCUCCUCCUCCUCUCUAAAAGACCCCACAACCCUCGCCCACCUCCUCUCAGCUCUCAUCUCCCUCGACCACUCCGUCUCUUCUUCGCCCCCUCUCCUUCCUCCUCCCAAUUCCUCCUCUGCCUCCCUUUCGAUGCUCAAGGAAAUUGAGACGGAAGCCAAUGAGGCUGAAGCGGAAUUUUCCAGCUCCUCGAAGCGUUCUCGCCUCACUGCUGCUGCUGGUGCUGCCAUCGCGGCCACCGCUGCCACUGCCCAAGGCACUGCACCGCGGCGUCUCUGGGUAAAAGCCCGGUCCCGUGCGUGGUGGGACGAGUGCAACAGCUUGGAUUUCCCUGAAAUGGACUUUAAAGCCGCAUUCCGGAUGGGGAGGGCGACCUUUGAGAUGCUGUGCGGGGAGCUUAGUUCCGUGGUCGCAAAGGAGGACACGACGCUGCGCGCAGCGGUGCCUGUUCCCCAGCGUGUUGCUGUGUGUGUAUGGCGGCUCGCGACGGGGGAGCCCCUCCGCCUUGUCUCGAAGAGGUUCGGACUGGGGAUAUCGACAUGCCACAAGCUCGUGCUCGAGGUGUGCUCCGCCAUAUGGGAGGUGCUGCGCCCAAAAUACAUCUCCUGGCCCUCCGACCCCUCGCAGACCAAAAAUGCAUUCGAGUUGCUCUCCGGGAUACCAGACGUCGUCGGGACCCUGUACACAACUCACGUUCCCAUCAUCGCCCCGAAGACGAAUGUCGCCGCCUACUUCAACAAGCGGCACACCGAGCGCAACCAGAAGACGUCGUAUUCGAUCACAUUACAAGGAGUCAUCGACCCCAAUGGCAUCUUCACUGAUGUCUGCAUAGGGUGGCCUGGUUCGAUGACCGACGGGGUGGUGCUCGAGAAGAGCGUUCUGUACCAGAGAGGAGAAUCAGGGCAGUUGCAGAGGUCGUGGGUCAUCGGCGGCACCAGCUAUCCUCUCAUGGACUGGCUCUUGGUGCCUUACUCUCAGCACCACCUGACAUGGACGCAGCACGCCUUCAACGAGAAGGUCUCAGCGCUGCAAGAGGUGGCGAAGAAGGGGUUCGGAAGGCUGAAGGGGCGGUGGGCGUGCCUGCAGAAGAGGACCGAGGUGAAGUUGCAGGAUUUGCCUAUGGUCUUGGGAGCCUGUUGUGUCCUGCACAAUCUGUGCGAGUCGACGGGGGAGGAGCUCGAGCCCCGGCUCGAGUUCGACGUAGUCGACGACGAGGUUUUGCCCGAGACUCACGUCAGGUCGGCUCAGGCGAUGCAGGCCCGAGAUGGGAUUGCCCACAAUCUGCUGCACCAUGCUCAUGCUGGUACUGCCUUCCUAUGAUCCCAACCCCAAUACAGACCAUGGCUGGAUCUGUUUCUGCAAAUUGUUGUUCAUUUGGUGUAGAAUCUUGCACAUAUAUAUGAACAUCAAUUGGGUUAAUUUGAUUUUUUGAGAAAGUGGGAUUAUAUACGAUUGGACUUUUGAUCUGUUCUUAUUGAUGAUUUGGAGGAGAAUUGUACGUCUGUCAGAGGAACAAAUUUCGAUUGGUUCGAGAAAUUGGAAAUCGAUCUGCAGAAAACCCAAUUUGCUUGAAAUUGGUUCGAGAAUUGGAGAUCUGUCUGCAGAAAACCCAAUUCGGAGUUGCACCAUUAGAGAUGCAGCGAAACCGGUUCAAUUUGUUUGCUGUCAAAGUAUCAGAAUUCUUCAACUACUUGUUUAAUAAAAUUGGGAUAUUGGGAUUUGAUCUAUUUGGUUUGAAGGAGUAUUGCAAACAAGAAUUAUCAGUAAAGACCAGGUGGGAAUUGAAUUGUUUGAGACAUUGGGCUACGAUUUGAUCAUUUCUAGAAUUCGAUUUCUCUCCGAGAAAUUAUGCGCACCUGAUUUGGGCCACACUGUUCAAGAAUUGGGAAAAUGGGUCUCUGCCUUCUGCGAACCUUGAUUGCUAUGGGCAGUUGAAAUCUAUGGAGAAAGCCAACUAGGAAUCUGAGAUUUUUUAAUGGCUCCGGGAUUUGGGCUUCUCUCUGAAAAACCAUUCAAGAUUUAUGAAAAAAAUUGUAGCAAAGUUUUACGCCUCCUUACCUUACACAACCCUCCUCUUUUAUUCGGGCUUGGGGCUUGCGAUCAGUAUGACCUGCGAUGUCAUGGUGGAGUUUUAAACUGGGUUGUUGUAAUAUCAAGCUCUUCAAAUAUCAUAUUUAGAAGAAUUUGAACUUCUAUUGCUUCUGUUUUAUUCAACUAAUGUUUGAGCU